CCUCAGCAAUCAGUAAAUCCCUCCACGCCUGUAAAAGCUCAGUUAUUGUGUUGUCUGCAGAGCUCCAACAUGUUGCUUCUCCCACCCGGAGAUCUGGAGAGGCUAGAGAUGGUGGGAUGUGGAGGAUUUGGGAACGUCUAUAGAGGAUGGAGCCAGAUGCUGAAAAUGGAGGUAGCGCUCAAAGUGGUGCAAGAAGGCCAUAGUUCCAACCUGAAAAAGCUGAUGAAGGAUCUAAUGAAGGAACGAGAUGUGAUGCAGAAAGCGAGCAACCCCCAUGUUCUCCGUCUCCUUGGAGUAUAUGAGAAGGUGGAAGGCAGACGUGUAGAGCAUGGACUGGUCAUGGAGUAUAUGCCUCAUGGUUCUCUACACACUCUCUUUGGCGAUAUCCCAGAUGUCCCAUUUGCUUUGAGGUUCCAGAUUCUUCAUCAAGUGGUCCUCGGAAUGAACUACCUUCACAGUCUGAAUCCUCCAAUCAUCCAUCGGGAUCUAAAACCCUGCAAUGUCCUUUUAAAUAAGCAUUUAGAUGUUCAGAUCACCGAUUUUGGGUUGUCUAAGAUUGUAGGGGCUACUAUUUCUUCAGUGCCAUCAUUUGCAGGGACAUUGUCCUACAUGCCACCUGAAGCUCUAAAUGACAUUAACUAUCAGCCUUCAAAAUCAUAUGAUGUAUACAGUUUUGGAAUCUUAGCAUGGACAGUUUUUUCAGGGGAAGAGCCUUACCCAGGUAUUCCUUCAGCAAUAAUCAUGCGUUGUGUAACAAAGGGUCAGAGACCCGCAGUGAGUGUCCUAGACCAGUACCGUGAUGUUAGAAUGGUGCCAGAAGCGAAAGAGUUAAUGAUCAGAUGCUGGGAUCCCAAUGCAGAGAAGAGACCCGGCUUCCAUGACUGCAGUGAAUGUACAUCAGUGAUGUAUGAAGCUUAUCAGAAGGAGGCGAGAAGUGCUGUUCGAAGUGUUGAAGAUCAUCUACCAAAUAUGGGUUCUUCAACUCAGCAAGCUGAAUCAUCUGGCUAUAUUAGUGGAGAUACAGAGGAAUUUCUAAACGCCCUAGAAAAUAGAGGAAUGAGUCAAGAUUCUAAACCGUUAGACCGAAAAGCAGCUGGAAAAGGUCGAAAGCCUCCUACGCAAGCUAAAUCACCUGGCAAUAUUAGUGGAUAUGCAGAGGAAUUUCUAAACGCCCUAGAAAAUGGAGAAAUGAGUCAAGAUUCUAAACCAAUAGACCGAAAAGCAGCUGGAAAAGGGCGAAAGCAUACUAUGGCUCGUGAGACUGUUGGAAAAAUCAAUACGAAUAAAAAAGAUAUCUCCAACACAGGAGGUGUUAUAAAUAAGCUUGCCGGCGUUCUUACGAAUCCUGGUGGCUACAAAAAGAUCACAGGCAGGUUGGCCAAUGAACUAAUUUCAAAAGAAAAUCAGCAAAAGAUAAUUUCCUCUAAGCACCUGAAAGACUAUGACACUGCAGCAAAAAUAUUUCGAGAAAAACUGAGAGAAGAGCCUCCACCGAUUUUACCAUUGUUAAAAAACAUCUUUUAUUCAUGAUCUAUAUUAAAUAUUACAGAAGGACAGUUGCUAAAUGGCCAAAGUGGUUGAAAGGAAAAUGACAUGAACUACAGUUUUCCUAAGACUAAAAGAAAAAAUCUGCAAAGAACUAUUACUAAGGUUAGAAAACCUACAGAUUUGUCUAUGGGAGUCCAGAGAUGUCAAUUUUAGGGGCGUGACCACUCCUACUUAGAAUUGCAUUGCUGACAAAGUCAACGACGACGGCUUAGCAGAAAUAUUCAAUACAAUGUGCUGCACGACUUAUCUUGGACUUGAGUGGAUGUUAAAGAUAAUCUGUCACUUUCUCCAUUCAAGGCAAAGUGACAGGUUCUUAUGAAAAGCUCACCCACCUCACCUCUUAAACCCAUCCUUGCUGUACUCCCCCCCAACCCUGUUCUUGUGUUGGAGCCAUUUCAAAUGCCUUGUUCUUUUGGAUAUGGAGGAGCAUGAAGUGUUUGGGCCUGAGCUGCCAAUCACUUACCUGAAACACUGUUAACAUGUGGGAGGGAACUUGGUCACCAACCCUGGGUAGAUUUCAAGACUGCCUAACACAAAGCUUACACAGGAUUAGGAACCAUGAGGCAAGCAUCUGGGGGGUGAGCUACUGGGAGAACCUGUCAGUUUGACCAAUUCUCUUUAAGCUCAAGGUUUAGUAAUAUUUAUAUGAACCAGGCCUUGUAUAUUUAACCUUAAUAAGAUUGAGUAUUGUACUUUUUUUUAAUUUGCACUAACAGGGCAAGAUUUUAGGGGUCUACCCUCUUCUUCUAGGCCCAAACUAACCUACUGUUUAAGGGUAACGUGAAGUAUUUUCAGUGAUUUGAAUAUUUUUUUAAAUAAAUAAACACAUAAAUUGGAUCAA